ACAUCACUAGUCGCAAGUCUCCGAGUCCCCGUUGAAUCUCAUCGUAUCUGCACGUCUAAUGAAAUGAAUUAAAAUAUCGUGAUUCAUGUGCCAAUGAACUAAAGUAUUCGUAACAAUUGUGUGAAACAUUAAUUACGAGAGUGUCAAGACAAUUUUACCAACAGAUUUGACGGGUUACUUCGCACCUGAGUGUAAUAACUCGCCAGAAUGUCAUCAAAAACUUCACGUAAAGUACCAACUCGAUCCAAAGUUGAGCCGAUAGUCACACGAACGAAAUCAGCGCAGCAAAGACGUCAACUUAAAAACAAAGAAAAGAAAAUCGAAAAACCGGAACUUACUAAACAACAAAUAAAAUCGACUAACCUAAAAACCGAUAAAUGCCCGAAAAAGGCUCUACCUGAGCCUAUUCAAAUUCCUGAUGAUGUUAUUGAGCAAGUAGAGUACUAUCCGGAUAAGUUAAAAAGAGAUGUUGCCGCCAAGAAGAUCAGGUUAAAACCGAAACAUAAUUUUACAGUCAUCGCUAGUACAAAUAAAAGAAAGUUGGCCACGCCACAGAAAGGUAUAAAGUCGCCUCCACCCUUGCCAACUGCAUCGCAUUCACUUUUAAAGUCUCGAAAGACUCGUGCACCUCGGUCGUCCAGUCCAGAGCCAACCGUGCAGGAGAUGGUGCGCAUCAUGGAGGAGUCUAGGAGUUUGAGCGAUGAGGACUUCAUGGAGAUCCUCACGUGCCCCAGCCCAGUAUGGUGGGAGGAUCCUCCCGAUGGCGGGUAUUCUGAAGAUUCAAUAAUCAUGAUAUCACCAGAACCACCAGCAGAAAAAACAACUGGAAAUAAAAAACGUAAAAUGUUCAUCAACCCACCAAACGACAAUGAAAUUAAAACAGAUAAUAAAACAGACGAAAAGUUCGUAAAGAAGAAACUAAAGCUUGAAAAUGUACUAGGCAAUAUAAAGAAUAAAUGCAUAAAACAAAUUGAUAAUCCAAAAAAUGAAAUUACUGACGAACCGAUUAUAAAAUUAUCUGAAAGCGAAGGAGAAAUAUCUGAUUUAAGUUUCAAUGAAGAAGAAAUACUUAAAAAUCUCGAAAAUAUGGAUAUACCGGUUGAAACUUUGAUUAAACGUGAACAAGAUACCGCAACAGUAGUGAAAAAAGAAAGUCUUGAACAAUCCGAUAGUAGAAUAACUCAAAAAUCUGAAAAAAAUGAUGAUACAUCAACCUCUGUUGAUGUAAAGCCAAAAAUAAAAGAAGAAUGCGCAAUCAAUAGUGAGGUUUCUAAUAACAACAAGGAAGCAGACUUAAAUUCUCUAUGUGAAGUUAGUGUACGAGAGAAUGAUAAGAAUUCUGUUGAAAAUUCUAAUUCAAAUAAUAGUGUAGAUGCUAAAUGUAAUAAAGACUUGGGAUGUACUUCUAUCAAUAGUAAUAAGUCAAUAACUGAAAUAAGCGAUGCGAGUUCAACUAAUAAGAAGACAAACAAUGUAAAUAAAUUAAUAACUGUCCGUAAAAUAAGACCUGAACAAUUUAAAAAUGACUUUAACCUAGGUAAUGAACUAAAAUCAGUCGAAAAUUCAAAAAACAUAGUAAUAGAUAGUGUUCGUGGAAAAUUAGACGACUUUUUUAAACAAUGCAAAAGCAGUAAACGUAUAAAAAUAGGUGACAGUCCGAUUCCCGCCAUUUCUAUGACAGAUGUCAAAGAAGAGAUUACAGAUAAUGAAGAAAAGGAAAUUGAUUGCAAAACGAAAGUGAUGAACGAAGAAAAUCGACUAAAAAGUUGCGAGUGUGAUAAUUCAAAAACCGAAAACGAUAAUACGGACAACUCUUGUGAGAAAUGCCAAAAAUGUAAAAAAGCGGUAAUAUUGCCAUGUCACUCGUGUAAUUUUCUUGCCGAAACUAAUGAAGUUUACAAAAAACAUAUAUUGUCUUGUAAAGAUGUAGCUCGAAUACCAUGGAGUCAUAAUUAUGUUUUAAAUCAGACUUAAAUGUAUAUAGUUUUUUAGUUGUAUACAUAUGAUGUGAAUUCAGCCUUAAAAAAACCAUGAGUUUUUAAAAUUAAAAAUGUUUACCGGGCUGGAACUAAUUUAUCUUAAGUACAGUUCACAUCGAAACGCAUUGUCGGCAGCUAACUUUGAAUAUGCUCACUAUCUGCCCUAGUGUGAACUGUGAACAUGGACGCAGUCUGCAGUACUUAUCUCUGUUAUGAUUUAUUGUUAUACUAUAAAAUAUGUAAACCACCAUAUUUCAAGCAAAUAAAUGAAUCUAUAUUCUAUCUAUCUAUCUCACCAAGCCGACAAUGCGCUAUAGCGUAAGAUACGCUACAUGAAUGAACAAUUUUAUCUUGAUUUUUUCAAUUUGCGACGAUUCCUAAGAAUUAGCGGGUAAAACUUUAUGUACUGCCAAUAAACAGCGUUGUGAAUAUUUUACAAAAAACUAUUAGUUCUCUGGGGCUUUUUGAAUCCAAUUCUGAUCGAUCGACACUGAUAUUGCGACCAUUGCAUCCGUAUUUUUUGGAUAUUGAAUGAACUAAAUGGUAUUGAGUUUGCCUUUAUAUUACGUACUCUGAAUGCUAUUGUAACAGCUACGAUUGUGGUUGUACAGUGUUGACAAAAUAAUUAUUGAGAUUGAAUUGGAUUCGAUUAAAAGUAACUUUCAGAUUAGUUUCACGAGGAAGCCUGCAGGUCAUCUACGAGUGAAAUAUUCACAAACAAGCCACAAAGGUGCGAGUAUACCUGUCCGCAGCAUCCUCAUCACUCAGAACUGUCAGUAAAUAGAGUGAGAGAGAGAGAGAGAUAGAGAGAGAGAGGGCGGGAGUGGGACGGACGUAGCGGGUACAUACACACGGACAAAUACACUUAUGGCUUGUUUGUGAACAUCUCACGUCGAUCUUGGUCUAAGUAAUGACUUGGUUCAUUUUUUACUUGUAAAUAGUGUAAUAUUGUUAGUUUUAAGUUAUAUUUAACCAUAAUUAUGUACUGUACCCACGGAAAUAGUAGGGGUGACAGAUGUACAGAGAACCUAACGGCUAACUGGGGCUGCGGCUCGACGUGCAGGAGAAGGAACGGGGUGGUUUUUAGUCA